UGCCAGGCCCUGACACAUACAAACUCGUGACUCCGAAUUUUCUGGUUCCUGAAGUGAUUUUGAGAUUCUUUACUUAUCCUGUACUACUUUGGCCCGUUUACCCUUACGCAGCCAUGCAGAGAGUAUCUGUGACGAUGCCUUCCGUCUCCAUCAAGGUUAUAAUAGGAGUUCAUUUCAUCCUGACAACAUGGGCCACUCUUUACCCCACCCUUCCUACAUCCUAUGUGUUUAGUAAUUUCUUGGUCCUCUUUAUGGGAAUUUGGGCACUUGUGGAGACAGAGCGCACAGAUCCCGUGGUUAUGUUUCUUCUUGGUUUGAUCUUCACCAUUAUCAGUGACAUUGUUGCUCUUUCCAUCUACUAUGUUAACUUAGACAACUCGACGUAUAGGUUUGCAAUUGGAAUGGCAAUCAUGAGCCUCAUUCUUAAGCUGGCGGCGAGAAGGAGUGUCACACAAAGCCCCAGUUGGAUGCGAAAAAUGAUUUUCCCUCUCCCCCAAGACCACAUUUUGCUUUGCAGCCUUUGUCCUGCAUUUGCAUAUUUUUGGAUUUCCGGAACCGUGGAGGGGAAGUAGACACUCGCUGGGCUGAAAAUCCAUACGUUACAAUUGAAGGACAUAACGACAUCAAGGGGGCUUCUGGGCCACAGGCGUAAGCGUGAGAGCUAUUGCACAUCCAAGAAGGAUCACUGCGAAAUCAACCCACCCUACACAAUAAAAACAGCUUCAUCCUACUCCUUAAGCAUAAAAUAAUCUACGUAUAAAGAUAUUUCCCUAAAAAAGAUGUUUCUAUAGGCAAAAUAAACAGUCAAAUCCAAAGCUAUUACUAUGAUGAUAUUUUUUGGUACGUAGCUAAUAACACCUUACAUCAUAAUCUUUUUUAGUAUGCACAAAGUAGUUUGUGUGCAGAUAUCUUAGAGAUGGAAUAGAUUUCUGCUCGCCUAAACAUUGUUAAGAAACAAACCCUAACAUUUUUGUUAAUUGGCACAUGAAAACUAGCUAGAACUAGUGCAAUAUAUAAAUAUAUACAAAUAAGAUUUUUUUUAUAUAAUUAGAGACAAUAAAGUUUGUCUACUUUACAUGGUAA